AUGUCAAACUCAGUUGAUGUCCAAUUCGACGUCAGUAACCUGACGCUACUGGGCUUGGGUUCAUUCACGAAUGUACUCAGCGCACUCUCCGCAGACGAUGUUCAACCCACUGCCAUGAUUCAGCUGGAAAAGCUGGGUGGUUCGUUUCCGAUCAGUGGUCCCCUCAGAUCUCAGAUCCCUGAUCAUCUCCAGCGAUGUAGUAGCAAACGUUUGGAACGCCUCGGGGUGACAAUAGGGUGGCGGAAGGGUGACGCUGCCUCCUUGAUGUCACACUCAGCUGGCGGACAAGCUAUUGCGCUCUUAGCAACUUGUCUCGAGAACAUAUAUGGCAAUGACGCUGCCGCUACAAUCUUCUAUAAAAUCUCCAAGGCUUUGCUACCGAACUCCGCCCGUCUCAGUAGCCCUAAGCAGCUGCAGCAAGCCAAUACAAUCCUUUCUCGAAAGCUUGGGGUGAUUGGAUUUGGAACCAUCCUUGCGAAGCAGGUGUGUCGUAUACACGAAGCCUAUCAGUACCUUCCCCAGAACGUACCGCCGAGCCUUCUUUCAGCCUUAAGCCAGGAUGGGAUGUGUGACAUCUUAUGCAAAUUUUCGCAAGCCUUGAGAGAUGAAAAAUGCAUUGUACGCGCGCGCGGCUGCGCCAGCAUGGGGUACAUCACCGCCAUUGCUGUGUCGAUGUUCUCCGACGAUUGUAUUGUGACGAUCGAAAAUCUGAUCAUCCACCAAGGAUGUCGAUCGGCCUCGAUUGCGAUUGAAAUCACCGAAUCCCUUGGCAACGAAUCGCUUCAGAUUCAGUCUAUGGGAAAGGUUGAAUCGCUGCACGAUAUAGCUUUGAGGUCGGCUCAGAAUUCACGUAAUAUGAAAUUCUCCCAUGAAGCUUACUUUGCUACAUACACGCAACUGCAUCUGCUAGAGCUGGGGCUAUUAUGCUCACCUCCUGUGUUAACAGCGAUGGGAGUCUGCAUUCUCUCUCUUUCAGAUCUGCUCUUCGUAUCCCUGGGUGAGCGCUCGGGAUCGCGACCAGUCGCUUGCGCCAAUUUGUUCCGCCUUCUUUUAGGUAACUUGUACCGAUCUGCUCUUCACCAGCGCUGCGAGACUGCACUGGGGGCUUCACUGCCCUUAAGGUGGCCCUCUUUUUCGGAAGCGUUGGGCCAGUUGAGAAAUUCACUAGCGAAGUCGAAUCGUGCAGAUGACUUUGCGUCACUCAUUCAAACGAGCUUGCAUGGGGACCCGUCAGAUGUUCUUCUCCACAUAAUAGAUGAGGGAGUUGCAAGCAUGGCAGUACAUGUGCAUGAGGGAGCAAUCUGGCAAGCGGGAUCUAAUCACAAAUCCUGGAGUCCCUCUGAUGCUGUUCAAGCCCGGGGUGUCAAGCACGUUACGUUAACUCCAAGCGAGCUUCUAAGCAAAUUCUUCUCCUGGAAUGAUUCGAACAUGAUCGUCAAGUCGGAAGGCACGGCGACCCUCGUCCCGUCUAGUCUUUUGAAUCUCGGGAGCGACCCUAAUGACAAUCGGGGUCUUGAGCUUUUCGAUGGGCUCAUCUACCAUGAGAAUCGUUACCAAAGUCAGGUCUUUGCGGAAGGCAAUUGCUACUCUUGGAAACAUCAAUUAUGCCGAACCGGUCACCAAAAAACCGAGAUAGAUGCUAUUUACCCUACCAACAAUGGUGUUCACUCUGAGCUAUCAUUAGCACUUGCAGAACAUGUCCAAGGGUUGGCCUUGGAGUGUUCAAUUACUGCAGGAGGCCAAAAACAGUCUAUUAAUCUUCGUGAACGAGUGGAUCAACUUUUUGGUCUUCUCGAUGCUUAUCCCUGCAAGCAUUCGAGACAGACCCCGUUGAAGGAAGAGUAUGCGAAUAAAGUACAGACAAAUUCAGUGUUAACGCCCGAUGGACGAGCUGGCGAUCACAUUUCAAUUGUACAGACGGCAGGUAAUCCGACCGCACAGUUCUUGUCUUUGACGAAAUGGGAGCCUGCGAUCCUUUGCCGAAAGUGCUGCCUGAACUGUGCAUACGAGCAGGCUCGGGAAAAGGAAAUUUAUAAGAUCAUUGUCGCAUGA